UUCAGUCAAGUUGAUUUUGCUGCAUCGUCGUUUACUAUUUAAUUCGCGUCGCAUACAAAUACAAACAAACACUGCAAAAAACAUAUAUAUAUACACAUACACAUUAACACACGUGCAUUCAAUUAUUAUCUGUGCCGCACCGCACCGCACCGCGCAACACUUUGCGCACCAAAUGCAAACGAGGGCAGCCAUCGUCUGAGUGACUAUUGGUGUACUAUAUUGUGGUGUUAAGACGAUAACAGGUGCGACACAGGGCGCGCGAAUACGGUGCGCGAGCGGUCAGUGCACAUUUGGCGGACGGGUAUCAUCAUCAGCAACAUCAGGCGUCGCCAACGCACACGUCGUCGUCGUCCGCCGUUUGUACGCCAACGACGCGCAUCUAGUGUUGCGACGUCGACUAUCAGCAUGGCGCGCAAGGAUGAUCCCGUUCUGAAUGUGCGCUUUGUGCAAUUGGUCGAAAACCAUCCGUGCCUUUGGAACUCAACGCUGCCAGCAUACAGCAAGAAGGACGAAACCCAAAAGGCCUGGCAGGAGGUGGCCAAUGAGACAAAAGAUAAUGUGCGCAAUUGCCGUGAGAGAUGGCGUACGAUCCGAAGUAGUUUCUUGCGAUCGUUGAAACUAUCACGUACCAGUACUGGUCGAGGCAAACGCAAGUAUUACCUCUCCAAAUAUCUGCAAUUCUUAAUACCUUACACAAAGACGCGCCUAAAGAAUGUCAAUGCAACAGCGAGCAUAAUUGCACAGCGCAAAAUAACACCGCAACCACCCAUGACGCGCAUCAAUCACAUACCAAUGCCCAUAGUCAGCAGUGAUGACACCAAAGAUUCCAACGGCACGGAAGUAGCAAUAGCCGAAGAGGACGUUGUGGUUUCGCUACACGAAGGUACAGCAACCGCGACGCAGCAGCAACGCAUAACAGUGCAGCCACCAAUGACAGCACCGUGCGCCAUACCAGUACCAGUCGUCAUGCCGGCACCGACCGCCAUCAAAACGGAGCAAGGUGCCACAACGCCGGAACAUGGACGAUGUACAGCGACGGCCGUCAACAGCAUGAAUGCGUGUGCCAUUGGCGGUGGCGUCAACAAUAGCAACGGUAAUGCGGCAAACAGUAGUGCUUUUGCUGCAGCAACGGAUACGCAACCAACUCCGCGUAGCGCAUCCGCCGUCGAUCUGACGGAAUUUGCCGAGUGGAUUAAAAGUAAAAAUGAACAUCAUCGCCAAUGUUUAAUGCCCUCCUCACCUGAUGCUGAUCAAUCAUUUCUCAACAGCUUGCAUCCAUUUCUGAAGGAAAUGUCCGGGAAACAGAACCGCCGCUUCCGGCAGAAGGUGGUAGCGCUGAUUGAUGCCAUUCUGGAUAAUGCCGACUGAGGCGUACACACACACACAUGCGAUGCGUAACGUAUAGCCGCAAAUACGAUGGUGAUGAAGUUGAAGAGUGGAUGUUGGCCGUGGUAGUGCUGGAUGUGCGAAACAGUGAAGGGAAAGUGCACGUGAAGGGGAAUAAGAAUGCAGCAGUGAUAGAAAACGGUGUGGCCCGAUUUGGAAGUGAGAUGUGAAUGCUUUAUUUCUAAUAUCGAGGACUACAACCAAAGUAAACCUUACGCACAUGAACACACUUUUACCUAGCGCUUGAACGCACACAACCUACAUACAUACAAUUAGACACUAAUACAUACAUUAUACUAUACCUGCAUGCACACCAAAUAUGUGUACUGUGAAUAUCUGUUGAUUUUUAUUAGAGAAAAAUAUUUUUUUGU